AUGGGUGGUGCCGGUGGAAGUAAAAUUGUGGUGACUACGCGCAAAAAUUCAGUGGCUUCAAUCAUGGGUAAUUUUCCCACACACGAAUUAAAGGGUCUUUCCCACGAUGAUUGUUUGUCUUUGUUUGUCAAAUGUGCAUUUACAGAUGGGCAAAUUAAGCAUUACCCGAACCUUGUAAAACUUGGGGAUGAGAUUGUUAAGAGAUGUGGAGGGGUUCCUCUUGCAGUAAGAGCUUUAGGGGGCUUCCUUUUUCGAAAGGUGGAUGAACAUGUUUGGGUAUCGGUGAGAGAUAAUGAAAUAUGGAAAUCAAAAGAAGAUAGAAUUUUGCCUGUAUUGAAAUUUAGCUAUGAUGAGCUUCCAUCUUACUUGAAACAAUGUUUUGCCUUUUGUUCACUGUUUCCAAAAGAUUUUGAGUUCAACAACAGGGAGUUGAUUCAAUUUUGGUUGGCACAUGGUCUCAUUCAGCCAUCAAGUCAAAACCAAGACUUGGAAGAUAUUGGUAAUGAAUAUAUUACUGAAUUGUGCUCCAUAUCUUUCUUUCAAGAUGUGCAAGAUUGUAAAUUUUGUGUUUACUUUAAAAUGCAUGAUCUGGUGCAUGAUCUUGCAAAGUCUGUAGCACAAUUUGAACAGCACACUCUAGAUGCUAUAGAAAAAAUCAAUUCCAACGAGGUUCAACAUGUUUUGCUUUCUGGCGAUGAUCCAGAAGAAGUUCUAACACUUCUCCAGAAAAUAACCAAGCUUCGAACCAUUUUGUUUAGAAAUGGAGGGGCCACUAGUCUGUCAUUUGUGACUACUUGCGCUUCCAAAUUCAAAUACAUGCGAUAUUUGGAUUUAAGUGACUCUAGUUUUGAGGUGUUGCCAAGUUCCAUUGGUAACAUGAAACACUUGAGAUAUUUGAGCCUCUUACGGAAUAAGAGGAUCAAGAAACUCCCAGCUUCCAUCUGCAAGUUGUAUCAUUUGCAGACAUUGAUACUUGCUGAAUGUUCGGAACUUGAAGAAUUGCCAAGAGAUAUGGGGAACUUGAUCAAUCUGAUGUUCUUGUCGAUAACCACAAAGCAAAGAGCUUUGUCGGGGACAGAGAAUGGGUUGGAAUGCUUAAUUUCUCUUCGUUCUUUAUUGAUUUACGCAUGUAACAAUCUGGAAUUCAUUUUUGAAGGGAUGCAAAACCUCACUGCCCUUAGAACAUUGGUGAUUGUAGGGUGUCCAAGUCUGGUGUCUUUGCCAACAAGUGUAAAACACCUGCCUGCAUUAGAGAACCUGGUAUUUGGGGAUUGUGAAAGGCUGAAUUUGAUGGAUGGGGAUGGGGAUAGUGAAGACGAUAUUCAAGGCUCUAGUAGUAGACUCUGUACCUUUAUCAUUGGUGCUUUACCACAAUUGGAGGCUUUGCCCCAAUGGCUCGUCCAAGGACCUACUACUAGCAACCUGCACUGCUUGGGUAUCAAUGGAUGUCACAACUUCAAAGGAUUGCCAGAGUCACUGGAGAAUCUCACAUCACUCCAGGAACUUCGUAUUGGUGAUUGCCCUCAACUUUCAACUCUGACAGAAGGGAUGCAUCGCCUCACUACACUAAAAGUUCUUAGCAUUGAUGAUUGUCCUGAGUUGAGUAAAAGAUGCAUGCCAAAAAUAGGAGAGGAUUGGCACAGGAUUGCUCAUGUCCCAGAGAUAAAUAUUGAUGGGGAAUCUAUUAAAUGGACAACCAAUAAUUAG